CCCCAGAGGAUGCGGCCGCAGCGGAUUGGAGGAAAGUUUCUGGUUAGGUUUUCACACCCCCACCUUGCAGAUAUCCGUGGUCCGGUGAUUCUGUGUUUCCAGUUGUUUUCACUUCCACUCACUAACAAAGAGACUCGGGGCAGCUGCUGUAUGUGAAUGUAGAGACUCCUGCGCAACUAAGGCGUAAAGCUACAAGGAGUGGAAUCGGUCAGAGCUUGCAGGAGAAAUACGGAGAACUUGAUCAACUUUAGAAAGGACAAACAGAAGAAAGAAGAGUGAAAAUGGUGUCGGCCGGGCUGGAGAUCUUGGGUCUUUCUUUGUGCGUAAUUGGCUCGCUCCUGGUCAUGGUUGCGUGCGGGCUUCCCAUGUGGAAGGUGACGGCGUUCAUCGAGGCCAACAUCGUGGUGGCGCAGACGAUGUGGGACGGCCUGUGGAUGUCCUGCGUGGUGCAGAGCACCGGCCAGAUGCAGUGCAAGGUGCACGAUUCCGUCCUCGCUCUGAGCCACGACCUGCAGGCGGCCAGAGCGCUCACCAUCAUCUCCUCCGUGAUGGGAGUGCUGGGUCUCAUGGUGGUGAUCGCGGGGGCGCAGUGCACCAACUGCAUCCGCACAGAGUACGUGAAAGCCCGGGUGGUGAACGCCGGUGGGAUCAUCUACAUCAUCAGCGGCCUGUUUGUGCUGGUUCCUCUUUGCUGGAUGGCCAACAACAUCAUAUCGGACUUCUACAAUCCGCAGGUGCCUUCAUCCAAGAAGAGGGAAAUCGGCGCUGCGCUCUACAUCGGCUGGGCGGCCGCGGCGCUGCUGCUGAUCGGGGGAACGCUUCUUUGCUGCUCCUGUCCCUCCAGUGGAAACUCGGGAUACUCUGUAAAAUAUGCGCCGACCAAGAGAGCCUCGCAGAACGGGGACUACGACAAGAGGAAUUAUGUGUAGCUGCUUGCAGACGGUGCGUAAAAGUGACUUGCAGCUUUGAAAAGCUUUUUUUUUUUUUUUUUUUUUACGGACCUUGUUUUUGCACCUCCAACUUUUUUUAUGUAUAAAUUUGAACUUUGAAAUCAGCGGAAGCCUCUCUGGUCCUGCAAUAUUCUCGGGCCGUAUUUUUACACGCAUUUAUGUCGACUGGAAAUCUUUUUUUUCCCAAGACUAUUGGCAAUAUACUGAGCACCUACCGGAACAUUGACGGAAAAAAUUUAAAAAAAUGAACGUUUGUUUUACUUUUUUAUUUAUUUUUUCUUCAAUGUCCCUCUAGAGGCUCCAUAACUGUAAGAGGUAGCACACGACAAAAAGGAGUAUCUUUCUAAGGUACCUGCUUUUGUAAAUUGUCAAAAUCUUUAGAUUUGGAUUUAUUUGUUAUUUUUUCUUAUUUGAUUAACUGUAUGCACCGAAAAUGUAACGUGCUCUUUGUCCUCAAUAUGCAUUGUCAGCACAAAGCUGUACAGUAGAAUGGCUGCACACUCCCACAGUGGAAAACUGUUUUCUUUGGCGGCAGUAGCAUUUUGCCACCAGAAACCAGCAAUAAGAGCAAAAAUAAACCGGUAAUUUGACUUUAGUUUUAAAAUACAAGAUAUAAAAUUCUAAUACAAACUUUUCUCUUUCUCUCUCUCUCUCUUUCUCUCUCUCUCUUUUUUCUCCUUUUUAUGGUUCAGAAAUGAUACGUGAUUUUUUAGCAGAUCUUAAAUGUCAAAACACAGGCAAACAGAAAACUGAGCCCUUUUGUCACAUUUCUACACUAGCGAACGAUGAUCCUUUACCCCGUGACGUCACUAUUUGUAUGGAGUUCCAGAAGGGUGAUUGUUUUCACCAUCUAAGGCAAAAUAAAAAUCUACAUCAACUACAUACCCUCCUACAAGUUCAGCAAAAUAUGUUUAUCAAAUAUGUUUUGUGAUGAAAAACCAAACAACUCAGUGUCCAGCAGAAGUAACAGCGCCCCCUACUGUCACAGUAUGCAGUAAUCGUAGAAUUUAUUUGAAACAUCAAUGUAGCUUUUCCAUUAUUUUCCUUGCAAAGGGUUUUGUUUUUAAUAUUUUAGACACAAAAAGAGAAUCAAACCAUCUCACAACAAGAACAAUUCAAUUACAUCUUUAAAUGCUUUACCGUAACAUUAAAAUCGAAUAACCACUCGCUGUUUAGUUUUUGGUUAAUGUUUCAUCACUUUUUUCUAAUUAGAACAUCAAUGAGCAAAAUCUGAAUGCACCAUGAUCCAAGUCCGACGACUUGGAAUCAGUGUCCAAUAAGGAAAAAGACUUAAGAAGAAAAUCUCACAAGUCCUUUUGAAUCGUAGAAUGUUUUUGCUGUGUUGGGGAAUCAUGUGGGAGUCCAUUCUUUGUCUUCUCUGAGCACCUGCUAAGUUUUUCGCCCGAUGAAAGCAUCUUUUUCUUACAUAACUUCCAGGUUUUUGUUACUAUUUUUGACGUCUGAUGUUAUGUUUCAUUUUCCAUGUGUAUGAAGAUGCAAUACUGUUUCAUUUUAUUAUGAUUAAACAGAAUAUAUUGUCUGAAA